UCUCAAGCAGGGCACAACAAGCCGGCGCGGUGUCUGAAGUUCAGCUCACCGGAAUGAUGUCUGCUGAGCUUUCACAGAGAAGUCAGAGCAUUAAAGUGAGAGAGACCGCUAGAGCAAAAAACCACAAGUCACAACAUCAUAAAAACGGACGAAUUUACCGCACUAAAUGAUUGAGAGAAACAGAAUAGAAAUGGGAAGUACUGUGAAAGGACGUCGGCGCCUUUUGGAGAUCAUCUUGGUUCUUGCUCUCUGUGCAACGCGCGCCAGCGGUCGAGGAGCUGUCAGUGAUGCCCUUGCUGAUUCUCUGUCAUCUGUUGGUGGGACAUUACCUCACUUCCUGCAAGAGCCCGAGGAUGCUUACAUAAUCAAAAACAACCCAAUCAAGCUGCGCUGCCGUGCGACUCCUGCCCUGCAGAUCUUCUUCAAAUGUAACGGGGAAUGGGUCCAUCAGAACCAGCAUACCGCACAAGAGUACAUGGAUCAAAACACUGGGCUGAAAAUCCGCGAAGUGACGAUCAAUGUUACCAGGCAGCAGGUAGAGGAUUUCCAUGGUCCAGAAGACUACUGGUGCCUGUGUGUGGCCUGGAGUCACCUAGGAACCUCCAAGAGCCGUAAGGCCACAGUGAGAAUAGCCUACCUCCGCAAGAACUUCGAGCAGGAUCCUCAAGGGAAGGAAGUGCCAAUCAAGGGCAUGAUUGUGCUGCAUUGCCGUCCCCCAGAGGGAGUGCCCAUGGCAGAGGUGGAGUGGUUGAAAAAUGAAGAAUUGGUUAGCUCCCUUGAAGACGAUAACAUUGACACUCGUGCUGACCACAAUCUGAUCAUCAAUGAAGCCAGGCUCUCCGACUCCGGCAACUACACCUGCCUCGCCAGUAACGUGGUUGCAAAAAGACGCAGUGCAACAGCUACUGUAGUCGUGUUUGUGAACGGUGGAUGGUCUCUCUGGACAGAGUGGUCUCCGUGUAGCGUGAACUGUGGGAGAGGAGUUCAGAAGCGAUCUCGGACCUGCACUAACCCUGCUCCUCUGAACGGAGGAGCGUUUUGUGAGGGCAUGUCUGUGCAGAAGAUCACCUGCAAUGCACUCUGCCCAGUGGAUGGCGUCUGGGAGGAGUGGAGCGAAUGGACGAUGUGUAGCGCGCAGUGUGAGAGGCAGCGAUGGAGGGAGUGCAACGCUCCGCCGCCUCGCCACAGAGGCAAGAUGUGUGAGGGAGAAGGUCAAAGCGCAGAGAACUGCACGGGAGGACUGUGUACGCAAAAUGGGAAGCUGAUGCAUGAUGUUAAGCCUCAGAGUAUGGAGAGCUCUAUUGAUGUUGCGCUGUACUCUGGUUUGGCUGCGGGGGUGAUCGCUGUGGUCGUGCUCAUCGUGGCCAUCACCCUCUACAGGAAGAGUCAAAGUGAGUAUGGAGUGGACGUCAUUGACUCAUCUGCUCUUGCUGGGGGCUUCCAGUCCUUCAACUUCAAAACCACCAGACAGGGUAAUCCACUUCUGCUGAAUUCCUCCAUGCAGCCCGAUAUAACCGUCGGCCAGACGUACAGCAGCCCGAUCUGUUUUCAGGACUCCAUAGACAAAGAGCUCUUUGAUCCCCUGCCAGACAAGGUCAAAGUUCAGAGCUCCUUUAUGGUUUCACUAGGUGUGGCGGACCGGGCUGAGUACCAUGUAAAAACCCAUCCGGAGACCCUUCCUGCUAACCAUCACCCAAACUACAGCACAGUGGAAGCAAAGAAGACCACAGUGAUUGCUCCUAAUGGAAUUCACACACUCAGGAAGACUCAGUUUAAGACGAGUGCGGUGUUUGGGCACCUGGGUGGCCGAUUAGUCAUUCCAAAUGCAGGAGUAAGCUUGCUGGUACCUCACGGAGCGAUUGCCGAUGACACCUCUUGGGAAAUGUACAUGCUCAUAAAUCAAGAAGAGUCUAGUGCCCAAUCAGAGGAAAGGUGUGAGAUUCUGUUAGGGCCAGAGAUCACAUAUGGACCUCCGGGGCUGAACCUGUCCUAUCCUGUUGCCAUGACGAUAGCUCAUUGUGCUGAAGUCAGCGCUGAAAACUGGAACAUUAAACUCAAGAGACAAACCAAGGACAACAAGUGGGAGGAAAUAAUGUCAGUAGAUGAUGAAUCAACCUCCUGCUAUUGCCUGAUGGACUCGCAUAGCUGUCACUUGUUGCUGGAUCAGCCGGGCUGUUAUGCACUGGUGGGGGAACCCAACACCGAUGCCGCCAUAAAGAGACUAAGGAUCGCUGUGUUCGGCAGUAUGGAGGCCUCCUCCGUGGACUACAGCCUGCGAGUGCACUGUGUAGAUGACACACCGCAUGCCUUUCAGAGAGUGGUCACUGCUGAGACCAGUAGAGGAGGUCAGCUUCUCGAGGAGCCCAAGACGCUGUUCUUCAAAGGAAACUGCCUCAGUCUGCAGGUGUCCAUCCAGGAUAUCCCUCAGUUUCUGUGGAGCAUCAAACCCUUCACCACCUGUCAGGAAUUCUCCUUCACCCAAGUGUGGUAUAGCAACCAGCAGCCUGUGCACUGUGCCUUCUCGCUGCAGAGACAUAGCGCCUCAACCACCCAGCUCUCCUGCAAGAUCAGUGUGCGGCAGGUCAGAGGUCACGAGCAGAUCCUGCAGGUCUACACCUCAGUGGGAGAGAGUGAAAAAGAGACAGUCCCAUUUUUUAUGCAGGCAGAUUGCACGGUGACUUCACAGACGGGGGCCAAAGCCUUCAAAAUCCCCCUGUCCAUACGUCAGCGGAUAUGCACCACCUUCGAUACUGCCAACGCCAAGGGCAAGGACUGGCAGCUCUUAGCUCAGAAACUCCACAUUCAAAGGAACCUGUCCUACUUUACCAAGCAGAAAAGUCCCUCUGCUGUCAUUCUCAGUCUUUGGGAGGCCAGGCAUCAGGACAGUGGAGAUCUUGACUCCCUUGCAAGUGCUUUGGAGGAGAUUGGAAAGAUCCACUGUAAAAAUCUGCCUCAGAGUCCAGAUGAAAAAGAAACAGACUUUACGUUUUGAGGGACUCCUGGAGACUACAUGUACGCCACCAGUUGUAAUUCCUCAGCAUUUACAAUUUAGAGUCCAAGUGGACCAAGCUAAGGCAUAUCCAGUCUGAGAAAAGACCCGGACGAGAUGCGACCAAUCAGAUGGUUUCACAUAUCUGUACAUGUGCAAAGGAAGUAUGAUUUGGUAUGAAUUUGGCACAGAUUCAACAGCUUCAAAAUGCUUUUCUCAAAGCAAACAUCAAAGUGCCAAGCCAUCACAUCUUACAUGAAAUUCAGCCUUAGCCUUUCCUUGGUGUUUAUGAUUUUAAUUUUUUUAUUAUUGGUAUUGUGUGGGAUUUUAUUGGUGGCCAGGUUGGAAUGUUCUUGAGCAUUUCCUUGCAUUAACGUCAUAAUUAAAGGGAUAGUUCACCUAAAAAUGAAAAUUGUGUCAUUGAUUACUCGCCCUCAUGUCAUUCCAAACCUGUUAGACCUUCGUUUCAUCUUUGGUCCACAAGUUAAGACGUUUUUGAUGAAAUCCGAGAGCUUUCUGACACUGCAUAGACAGCAACACAACUGAUACGUUAAAGGCCCAGAAAGGUAGUGAUGACAUUAUUUAAAUAGUCCAUGUGACAUUAGUGGUUCAACUGUAAUUUUAUGAAGCUACGAGAAUACUUAUGCUUAAAGAAAACAAAAAUAACAACUUUAUUCAACAAUUUCUUCUUCCCUGUCUGUCUUUGACAUGCAUUUACGAGAGUACCAUGACGUAUGUGUGUGGUGCUGCUGAUGCAGGAACCGGCGAUCUGAUGUAAAACCCAGAUGUGCUGUGCUUUGUUUACCUUGUGGUAUUGUCGUGAACGUGCAUCGACUGACACUGAAGAGAAAAAUCUGUUAAAUAAAGUCAAUAUUUUAGUUUUCUUUGUACACAAAGCAUAUUCUCGUAGCUUCAUAAAAUUAAAGAAGUUCACUUCCAGAACAAAAAUUUACAGAUAAUUUUCUUACCCCCUUGUCAUCCAAGAUGUUCAUGUCUUUUUUUCCUCAGUCAGUAAGAAAUUAUGUUUCUUGAGGACAACAUUCCUGAAUUU